ACACAUUUAAUCACACUUAACGCCCUGUUCAUGGCUGGAACCGUUCAGAGAAAGAGGAAGCAGAAAUUUGAGAGGAGGAUGUACUUUUAGCCAUAAUUUACAUUCAUACAUUGCAUUGAAGGUAUUUGUCAGUUCUUUCUUUCUCUGGACUGUGAUCUGAUCUGGUUUUUCUCUGAAUAUCAGUGAGACUGAAGUCAAUCCAGAAUGACGGCCACCAUCAUCAUCUUCACAAUCAUCACGCUCUGUCUGAUCUCAGGUCAGGUCCUCUGUUUCAAAGUGACCGGCUGCACUGGAGAGAGUGUAAUGUUCAAGUGCACAUACAAGCCUAAUGAUCAGCAUAAAGGAAAGUAUUUCUGCAGAGACAGAGACUGUAGGACGGGCAUCAGUACUGAGACUCAGCGCAGCUGGGUUUAUAAAGGGAGAUUCUCUCUGUAUGACGAUGAAGACAGCAGAUUCUUCACAGUGUUCAUCAGGAACCUCAGCAGAGAGGAUGAUGGGGAAUAUACAUGUGGAAACAAUCAGACAUGGAGUCAUGAUGUUAAAUUAGUGGUGAACAGAACCUCUUCUUCUUGUGGGACGUCAGUUCUCCAGACUGCAUAUAAAGGACAAACAGUCACUUUCCACUGUGAAUAUAAUCAUAUGUUUCAAACACACACCAAACUCUUGUACAGAGUGAACAGAGAUCCUGUGCUUGUGCUGAACAGCUCACAGACAUCACAAUCAUCUGAGGAGAAGUUCAACCUGUCUGACAGUCACAAAGAUCAUUUUAACGUGACCAUCAGAAACAUUUCUGCAGCAGAUGAUGGAGUUUAUCUGUGUGGAGUGGAGAUAUACGGAUCUUCAAAAAAGAGGACAUACAUCGCCUUCAUUAAAGAGAUUCAUCUGAAUGUUUCUGGUCAGUUAACUUCCAGUAAACCUCCGCUGACUUCAUCCAAGCCUCCAGUGGUCAAGCGUGAAGGAGAUUCAGUCCAGAUCAAAUGCUCUUAUGAUGAAAACUAUUCAGCAGAAGUAAAGCAUCUGUGCAAAGGAAAGUGUUUGACUCCAGAUGAUCUGAAGAACUAUCAAUCAGAUGAAGAUCAUGAUAAAAACACAAAGAUUUCAGUAAAGAAUGACACUGAACUCAGUCUCUUCACUGUGAACAUGACUGACCUGAGAGCAGAGGAUGCUGGGAAAUACUGGUGUUUAGUGAAAGACACGUUUAACGUUUCCAUUGAGCUCAUGAUCGUCAUGAAGAAAGUCGUCACUCGUGAAGCGUCUGUCGGAGGAUCAGUGUCCAUCAGCUGUAAAUACUUCAGGAAUCAAACACUGAGGUUUUUCUGCAGAGGAGAUCAGCCUAAUAUCUGCUUCAUAGACGGAGUUCGUGUUUCAUCAAAUAACAGAAUAAACAGCAGAUUCUCUCUGACUGAAGAAACCUCUGCUGGAGUCUUUACUGUGAACAUCAGCGAUCUGAGAGCAGAGGAUUCUGGGAAAUACUGGUGUGCAGAGGAGAGUUCUGGAUCCUUCAUCUUCACUGAGGUUCAGCUACAUGUGACCACAGGUUUCUUCUGUCAGAAGCAUGAAGUCUCUCAGUGAUGCAAUACAGUGCCCUUCAGUCAGGACGAGGUUCAUUCUGAUUACAGCAGUGAACACAUAAUGCCAAACUAACAUUACUGUGUAAUAUUUUUGCUUAUGUUGUUGUUUUCAUCUUCUCAGCGGUGCCAUUUCUUGCUAUUCUAUAAAUAUCUGGUGUCAGAAAUCAACAACUACUUUUUGGAUUUAAAAAAUAAAAAAAAAGAAAAUAAAAAAAACUUUGAAACAUAA